GAUCAUUUUAACAUCUUAAAACAUUAUUCACUUUUAACAUUCAUAAACUCACAUAUAUCUCCUUUUCUUAACCUUUCGUGUAGUUCUUCCAUGGAGGCUACAGCCAAGUAUGACUUUGUCGCUACAGCUGAUGAUGAACUCAGCUUCAGAAAGGGACAGUGCUUGAACGUCCUGCAGACUACUGGGAAUUGGUACAAAGCAGAACUCAAUGAAGUCGAAGGUUUUGUACCCAAAAACUUCAUCAGCAUUAAUCUGCCCAGCUGGUAUCAGGAGGACAUGAGUCGCAGUGACGCUGUGGAGAAGCUGAUGUCACAGCCUGUGGGGGCCUUUCUCAUAAGGGGCAGCCAAAAUGUAUCCCCGGGCAGUUUCUCCAUUUCUGUCAGACAUCCAGCAGAUGUUCAGCACUUCAAGGUGCUGCGAGACAGCAGAGGGCAGUAUUACCUCUGGUCAAAAAAGUUCCCUUCGCUCAACCAGAUGGUGGAACAUUAUAAAAAGAACUCUAUCUCCAUACAAGUACCAAUAUUCCUACAGGAGCCAAAACAACAGCAUAGAGGGAGCACAGAUCAUUUACCGCCUCUCCCCAGUCCUGUCCUCACCCAUCGACGUCCCGACUGCAGACCUAUACCUGCACCACGACAGCGCAAAACCUCCACGCUGCAGGUCAGAGCUAUCUACAGUUUCCAAGCCAAGGAGACGGACGAGCUGGAGUUCAACGUCGGCGAUGUCAUCAAGGUCCUGGAGUGCUCGAAUCAGGCCUGGUGGAAAGGACAACUGAGGGGCAAAAUAGGCCUGUUCCCCUCCAGCUACACCAAACCCAUCUAAGAGGAACACAAACAAAAACAUGUGUCACAUCACAGCAGCUCUUGCAUGAGCUAAUAUCUAAUGCUAAUUCAUGCAACUAAACCCUACACCACCAAGUGUACCACAAAGUAUCAACUAAACAUAAAGACUAUUGUUGGUUUACACACACACACACACACACACACACACACACACACACACACACACACACACACACACAAGACUUUCAGUUUUCCAUCAUGGUAAACAUACAAAGAAAAAAAUAAUGUUAACUUAUAUCAAAAAAUGAUAAAUAACUGAGAAGCAAUUGGUUGGUUAUGCAGUUUUUGUUGGAUUUAUCAAACAAGUGACAUCUGCUUAUACAAAAUGACGAAGUAAAACUUGUGACAUGUUCAUGUACUGAAGUUACCUCUUUUUAUCAACUUAUCUCACUUUAUUUGUAUCUGAUAGAUCUGAU